AUGAGGCCCUUUGUUGUGGCGUGCCAGGAGAUCAGUAUGUAUGAAACCCCUCACAAACAGUGCCAAUCCCGGUCAAGCCUGAAGACCCUCCCAUCGAAUCUGCGCAAUUAUGAGAACACUCUCGGGCUUCCACGGUUCUUCGAGCCAGACGACUUCAAGGACACAGUACCGAUCGCGGUUUGCUACAUUUAUCGGAACGUGGAGUUGCUGCUAUCACUAGGACAAGAUGACUCGAAAGCGGGAUUUUCGGUGGUGACAACAGCGGAAGGAUGCGAAAUCAAUCAUAUCACUCCAGGUUUGGUUUAG